AUGGACGAAGAAGCGAGGCCCGCUGCUUGUCCAGAGCCUCCGCCGCUCCCCUAUUCUUUGCGCACGAGAAAAAAGUCCAUCGCCAUCUUCUGGACGGUAUUUGUUGUCGAUACUCUGGCCCAGCCGCUCGUCCUAUACUGGGCGCUCUGGUAUGCCACCGAUCUUUCGCACAACGUGGUCUUUAGUAUCGUGACGGCUUCGUUGGGAGGUGUUUCAGUAUUCGAAUACUUCUAUCGUCUCUACAACCUGUUCCGAAAAGACUCGCGAGCCCGGCCAUUGAAUGCUAGGAAGGGAUGGCUAGAUUUCUUCCAUAUCAACUUCACCAUCGUCUGGCUGAUCCUGGCGGUCGAGCUGAUUGUUGGUACCGUUCCGGAAGAACCAUAUGUUCGUUUGAUCGGCAUGAUCCUUCCGACAGUAAUGUUCUAUUUCGGUAGCGUGUUCCUGGCCCUCGACAUUCUCCGUGCCUGCGGUGUCAAAGCACCCUUUCGGAUAUCCUCAACACCCAAAGGCUCGACAAUGCCCACGGCCCUAUACGUUGUCAUCGAAGAUGUGGUGGCGGUUGACGGAGGCGGUGGUCAGAUCUACCGAUAUGCUCUUCGCACCAGGUACCUGUCCAGUCCGUACUUCCGACGGAUGCUAUUCCAGAUGAAUUGUUUUUGGGCUGGAGGAUCUAUCGUGGUCGCUGCCGCCAUCACAGCGAUCGUAUUUACGGUCUCAGAGCCAGUGGCGUACACUCUGGGAUGGACGUUACCGUUUGCCUGGGCUGGACUUUGGACAUUAAUCACGAUACCGUGGGUCCAAAGCGAUCUCCGUCGCGAAAAAGAGUGCUGGAAGGAAAACCGAGGCCAAGGAGGCAUUCCGUAUACCGAUGAUCCCGAUGCGCCCAGUGGUGCUCGGACCAGACUCGAAGCUAUUGAGGAUCACCUGCCAAGCUUCAUGCCCUGGUUCCGAGAGAAGCAGGCUCCUCCGUCUACUCCGUCGAGCUGAGCACGUCUAUCGUGUCGGUAAUAUUUUGAACCCACUAUCACCCUGUCGACACCUCGAUCACGGCAGUAUAUCGAAACCCACUAGCUCCAAGUCAUCCGAGUGGAUCUCUUAUAUGCCAAGACGAUAUAGGGGUGGCAACCUCCACGUUCAUCGCAUGAUGAUGAAACACAAAAACUUGUUAUGAUGGAAUGUUUAACGGCUAGUGCCAGCUGUACUAUACACUGAUACCCUUAUUUCUGCUUCCCACUGGUUUCCUUACUUCUUUCUCAUCUGGUGGUUUCUCGCUUCUCUUGUCCCAUACACGUUUGACUGUCGAUUGCAUCAUAACUGGGGCUGUGAUCUUGGCAUUGACAUCAUUUGUUGCACUAGCAUAGAUAGAUUCGUUUGGGUAGAUGCUUGCUGUACCUAUCAAUCAUCUUCAUUUCGUCAUGCAUCUGACUGUUGAAUCUCCGACGAGCCCUUUCGACGGU